CCCUCCCUCAGGUGGGGCCCCGGGGAACCGGACGUAGAUCCCCGGGGCGCUGAGUCGGGAGGCAGCGGCCGUCUUCUGCCCGGGGGCUGCCCCCCGACCCCACGCGUUGCGAGUUCUUCCCCCUCAAGCUUGGGGGCUCUUUUCGGUCGGGAAGAAGAUUCUCUUUGUGGCCAGAUGGGUUUGUAUGGACAGGCUUGUCCAUCUGUAACUUCAUUAAGGAUGACAUCUGAACUGGAGAGCAGCCUAACAUCUAUGGACUGGUUACCACAGCUCACCAUGAGAGCAGCCAUCCAAAAAUCUGAUGCGACACAAAAUGCACAUGGAACAGGAAUUUCUAAGAAGAAUGCACUCCUUGACCCAAAUACAACUCUGGACCAGGAAGAAGUUCAACAGCACAAAGAUGGGAAACCUCCAUACAGUUAUGCCAGCCUCAUUACGUUUGCUAUUAAUAGCUCACCCAAAAAGAAAAUGACUUUAAGUGAGAUUUACCAGUGGAUUUGUGAUAACUUCCCAUAUUAUAGAGAGGCUGGCAGUGGUUGGAAGAAUUCCAUACGACAUAAUCUGUCACUCAACAAAUGUUUCCUUAAAGUGCCUCGGUCUAAGGAUGAUCCUGGAAAGGGAUCCUAUUGGGCAAUAGACACCAAUCCGAAAGAAGAUGCAUUGCCUACUCGGCCAAAGAAGAGGGCACGAUCUGUAGAGCGGGCCUCAACUCCAUAUAGCAUAGAUUCAGAUUCUUUGGGAAUGGAGUGUAUUAUUUCGGCAAGUGCCUCUCCAACUCUGGCAAUCAACACUGUGACUAACAAAGUAACAUUGUACAAUACCGAUCAGGAUGGUAGUGACAGCCCACGCAGUAGCCUUAACAACAGUCUCUCAGACCAGAGUUUGGCAUCUGUUAAUUUGAACAGUGUUGGAAGUGUGCAUAGUUACACACCGGUGACAAACCAUCCAGAACCAGUCUCUCAAUCAUUAACUCCCCAACAGCAGCCACAGUACAACCUUCCAGAACGAGACAAACAACUACUAUUCUCAGAAUAUAAUUUUGAAGAUCUUAGUGCCUCAUUUCGGAGCCUUUAUAAGUCAGUUUUUGAGCAGUCACUUAGUCAACAAGGUUUGAUGAACAUCCCUUCUGAAUCUUCCCAGCAGUCCCAUACUUCAUGUUCCUACCAGCACUCUCCUGGCAGUACAGUGAGCUCACAUCCACACAGCAACCAAAGCAACCUAUCCAACAGUCAUGGUAGUGGCCUCAAUACUACAGGCAAUAAUUCGGUCCCACAAGUCUCUCUGUCCCAUGCUCAGUUGCACACACAGCCAUCCCCACAUGCACCCCACCGACCACAUGGUUUGCCACCACAUCCACAGCGUCCUCAGCACCCAGCCCCACACCCACAGCAACACAGCCAGCUCCAGUCACCUCCCCCGCAGCACCCCUCUCCACAUCAACACAUACAGCACCACCCGAACCAUCAGCAUCAGACGUUGACACACCAGGCACCCCCACCUCCACAGCAGGUAUCCUGUAAUUCUGGUGUUUCAAAUGACUGGUAUGCCACACUUGAUAUGCUAAAAGAAAGCUGUAGAAUUGCCAGCAGUGUUAAUUGGUCAGAUGUAGAUCUUUCCCAGUUCCAAGGUCUGAUGGAGAGUAUGAGACAAGCAGAUCUUAAGAACUGGUCUUUAGAUCAGGUUCAGUUUGCUGACCUCUGUUCUUCCCUUAAUCAGUUCUUUACACAAACUGGCCUUAUCCACUCGCAGAGUAAUGUUCAGCAAAAUGUUUGUCAUGGUGCCAUGCAUCCAACAAAACCUUCCCAACACAUUGGAACAGGAAAUUUGUACAUAGACUCCAGGCAAAAUCUCCCUCCUUCAGUGAUGCCGCCCCCUGGUUAUCCUCAUAUCCCACAGGCACUUAGCACUCCAGGAACAACGAUGGCAGGCCAUCACGGAACCAUGAACCAGCAGCACAUGAUGCCUUCCCAAGCCUUCCAGAUGCGGCGCUCCCUGCCCCCAGAUGACAUCCAAGAUGACUUUGAUUGGGAUUCAAUUGUGUAGAGUGUGUUUCUGUAAAGCCUUGGACCCCAGCGUCACCUUCUCUGCAGUGAAGAGAGAGGUUUAGGAGAAUCCAUUUGAGUAAACAAGGUUCCUGAUCACUUUACCAAUGUUAUCAAAAAUUCUUUUGAAGACAAUCAAAAAAGAUUUUAGCUGGAUAACUGAACUGCUUUUAUCUGACCCAGACAAGUACUACAUGUUUGUCUCCCUGCCAACUGCCCUAUGUAGCUCCUAACUGUUGUGUGAUUUGGACAGCUUUUUGCAUAUUUGUGUUAGUUUGAUGUUAACCACAAGUGCCAGACUGAUUUUUCAGACAGAGCCUAUUUUGCUGCAAGCAGUUUAUAGAUACAUAUGUGUAAAUAUAUGUACAAAAAUUACCAAAAGGCUUCAGUUUUUCUAAUUGGAUUAUGAUAUAUUGAAAGUUAUUGUCAGUUUUUAUUCUUUUUAGGCUAUUUUCUGCAGGAUGCUUUUAACUAAGGUAAGAACUGAAAGGAAAUAUAUUUCUCCAAAGCCCAGUUUCCCUUGUUUAAUCUUUUCCGGAACUGUGGGUAGUAACAGAUUGUAUUCAGUAAAUCAAACCAAGAGGUUGAUGCUCUGCAAAUAAUCCAGAGGGGUAUGUUUUUCCUGAGCAGCAUAAAGAACUGACCAAAAUUGUUUUGAUGUGGGGGCCCAUACAGUAUAUGUUGUACCUUGUUGAUGUCUGUUUCCUAAGUCUACAUUAUAACAGCUCUGAAAUUUGUUUGCUUAGAAGAUAGGCAUUACUUGGGUCUUUAAACAAAUCAAUGCCUCUGCAUUUGCUUAUGUAUUUAUUACUUUAAAGUGUUAUUUUAAUAUU